CCACCCCACCAGAAGUCGCCAAAUAUGAAUUUUUGUAAAACGGUGUUCAAUGUUUUUUUUGUCUUGUUGUUUAUAAGCAGUUACGAAAUUAAAUGUCAACUGCGAUUCGCCUCUCUGGGGGACUGGGGAAAAGAAUCCAAGUCCCAGUUGUUAAAUGCCAAAUAUUUCAAGCAGUAUAUAAAAAAUGAGCGUGUGACUUUUAUAGUGAGUCCGGGUUCUAAUUUCCUCGAUGGGGUGAAAGGCUUGGAUGACCCUGCAUGGAAGAGCCUAUAUGAAGAUGUAUACUCAGAAGAAAGUGGAGAUAUGUAUAUGCCCUUUUUCACCGUGUUGGGAACUCGAGAUUGGGCAGGGAAUUACAAUUCGGAGUUAUUAAAAGGUCAAGGGAUGUAUUUAAAUGAGGAUGGUCAAACUAGCAUAGAAAAAGAUAUAGAUAAAACUCCCUACCCAAAAUGGAUUAUGCCAAAUUAUUGGUACCAUUAUUUUACUCAUUUUACUACCUCCAGCGGACCCUCUAUUGUGAAAACGGGUCAUAAGGAUAUGGCUGCUGCAUUCAUUUUUAUCGACACAUGGAUACUCUCUUCAAAUUUCCCAUACAAGAAAAUACACGAAAGAGCAUGGGCAGACUUAAAAGCACAAUUAAAUGUAGCAAAAAAAAUUGCAGAUUAUAUCAUUGUCGUAGGAGACCAACCUAUAUACUCCUCCGGAUCCUCUAAAGGAAAUUCUUACCUAGCUUAUUACCUUUUGCCUUUACUAAAGGACGCUCAAGUAGAUUUAUAUAUAUCGGGACACGACCACAAUAUGGAGGUAUUAGAAGAUGGAGACAUGGCACAUAUAACCUGUGGGUCCGGUACCCUAUCCGGUGCAAAAGGCACCAUGAAAAAUGGCAAGUCUUUAUUUUAUAGCAAUGACAUAGGGUUUUGUAUUCACGAGCUUAACAGCAACGGUAUCAUCACUAAAUUUAUUAGUGGGAAAAGUGGCGAUGUUAUUUACACUCAUAAAAUAACUUUGAAGGGAAAGAGAUCUCUAGACAAAGUGAAUUCACUGCACUACUUUGCAUCGCUUCCAAAGGUGCAACAGGUCGAUAUUCCUGCCAGCGGACCUAUGGGGAAUAAAGAUUCCUUCGUAAGAAUUGUCGGCACCAUCGGUAUCCUCAUAGGAUCUGUAAUUGUUUUUAUGGGUGCAUCUUCUUUUUUAUCCAAAAAUAUCAAGUGA